ACACACACUAUAUUGCCAAAAGGUUUGGACACCCCUCCAAAUCAUUGGAUUCUUGGUGUUUCAAUCACCUCCAUGGCCACAGGUGUAUGCAGACUGCGUCUACAAACAUUUGUGAAAGAAUGGGUCGCUCUCAGGAGCUCGAAAUUCAAGUGUGGUACCGUGAUAGGCUGCCACCUGUACAAUAAGUCUAUCAGUGAAAUUUACUUGCUACUAAAUAUUCCACGGUCAACUGUUAGUGGUAUUAUAACAAAGUGGAAGCAACAAGGGAUACAAGCAACUCAGCCACAAAGUGGUAAGCCACAUAAAAUGAGUGGGUCAGAGCAUGCUGAAAUGCAUAGUGCACAGAAGUGACCAACUAUCUGCAGAGUCAAUAGCUAAAGACCUCCAAACUUCAUGUGGUCUUCAGAUUAGCACGACAACAGUGUGUAGAGAGCUUCAUGGAAUAGGUGGCCGAGCAGCUGCAUCCAAGCUUUACAUUACCAAGUGCAAUGAAAAGCAUCAGAUGCAGUGGUGUAAAGCAGCCACCACUGGACAUUAAAGCAGUGGUGAUGUGUUCUCUGUGGAGUGACGAAUCACACUGUCUGGCAAUCUGAUGGACGUGUCUGGGUUUGGUGGUUGCCAGGAGAACGGUACUUGCCUGACUG